AUGGACGACGCGGCCAAGCCCACGACGAGCCAUGAGGCGCUCGUGCAGGCGCAUGCGUCGCCGGCCAGCGACGACGACUACUCGAUCUGUACCGAGGAAGACCUCAUCCAGAACUACGCCAAGCCCGGCGAGCGCGUCUUGUUCUGGGGCUCGGGCUCGCCGCAAGCCUGGCGUGUCUUGAUUGCGCUCGAAGAAAAGAAGAUCGAGUACCGCAGCGUGUGCGUGAGCUUCUCGAGUGGCGUGCUCAAGACGCCGGCCUUCCAGCAGCUCAACCCGCGCAUGCGCGUGCCGGUCUUUGCCGAUGGCACGUCGGGCGUCAUUCUCUACGAGUGCGCAGCGAUCCUGGCGUACCUUGAGCAGUUUUAUCCCAACCCACUUCUUCCUAACGACCCGAAGCUGUAUGCGAUCGCGCAGACGCGCCUCCACGAGUCGAACGAAAUCCUCUCCAUGGUCGGCGAAAUGGUCGUGUACCUCCGGCGCGCGCAGGCGAAUGCAACCAAGAACAUUCGACCAAACCCGGAUGUGCUGCAAGCGAAAUGGCACUAUCUCGAGUCGGAGCUUAAGCUCUGGGAGCUCUACUUGACCGGCCGCAACUACCUCGUCGCGAACGAGCCGUGCCUCUGUGACAUUGUCGUCUUUACCAACGUGGCCUACGCAGUCCGAUGUGGCCUCCAGCUCGACGGCUUGUACCCGCGGCUUGCAAUGUGGUACCUGCGCAUGUGCUCGCGCCCGUCCAUUGAAAAGACGUGGCCGCCCCACUGGAAGACCACGAUUGGCUUCUCGGUCCUCGCCAAGUGCCACUUUUGCAUGUGCGCUGGCAAGUGCGUCUGUUGCUGCCAAGCCAAGUAG